GGGCUCUCCAGGGUCACUUGGUGGCCUUGGUUGCGUUUCUGUCAUCCUUUUGUCUGAACAACACAGUGUGGCCAGUGCUGAGACAUGGGUCAGGAGAAGCCCAGCUUCUUCCCCAACACUGGCUGCUCUCCAUCUGCCUGUUGUAUGCAUAUAUGGACUAUCCAGGCAGUUUUUCCCCACCAUGAAACCCUUUGCUGAGCGAAUGAGAUCUCCUUGGGAAGAUUUAGGUUAAUCAUCCCAUAGGAAGCUGAGUGCUUUUUUGGUCAAUCACUUUAAAUAGCCACAUUGUAAUCACUGGUUCCUGAUGGAGAAUCACAACACACAUCCCACUCCUGACAACUAACAGCAAUACAGGGCACACCAAAAGAAAGUGGUGCUCUGCUCUAGCUUUAACCAGACUUGCUCAUGCAUUUUUCUGCUUUGCUCUGGCCUUCUGUGGGAUGAUACCAGCUCUCUGCUGGAGAUACAUGCACAGCACAGAGGUGGAGGACAGUAUGCUGGAUGUGUACGACCUUGUGUACGAGGAGGUGAGGAGGAAUGGCUCUAGCUCCAAGAGGCACGAGCUGACUCUCAUCCAUGAAGUAUUCCUGUGCUGUGGGAAGCACUCUCCUCUUGGAGACACAGCUGCUGUCGAGCACAAGAUGUGCCAUCCUGGCACAGAAUGGGCUGCUGGACGGGACUGCCUACAAGAGAUGCAUGGCUUCCUGAAGAAGCACAUGGGCUUUGUCUCCACACUCCUGGGCAUCACCAUCGGCUUCACGGUUUAUGGGAUGGUUCUGACUUCUUUCCACUGGUUCUCCAUCCACUUCAGUGACAACUUGGAUCGGAAAGGCAAAUACACCUUGCAAGGAAGAUAGAAGCCUGUCUCCCAGGCUUCCCUACCAGGCAGAGCCAGCUCUCAAUGUAGGUCGAUGCCUGGAGUCCUCCACCAAACCCCUGGGAAGGCACUGUAUUGCUCAUCUUGUGUGCAUUUCCAAGCUGCACAUCUGGGUGGAACUCUGCAGAACAGUAGUCCUGAAUCUUCACUGAGAAUGGAUGAGGACUGAGACGCACCUGGGCUUCAGAUGCAGGUUGCCUCCUCGAGAGAAGGAUGGUGUGUAGCACAAGAAUACACACAGCCCCCUAGGACUCAACCAGAAGAAUGCCCAUCCAAAAUCAUAGCAUUAAGCCAAACUUCUGCAAUGUCACAUGAGACGUUUCCUGUGACCCUAAAAAAUGUGACUUCUCUAGGCAAGAGCUUCGGAUUGUAACAUGGGACAGAUCUUGGUAAAUAUGUGUACGGUGAGUGUGGUAUUGAAAAACAGGGAGCUUUGCUCUCCUACCUGGAACGGUGCUCAUUGUUGUCUCCAGGGUUUCAGGUUUUAGACCACCCUGGAGUAUGUCAGCACCCACCCACCACUACUGUUUUUUUUUCUCUAUCAAACUGUUGCUGGAAUUCUUGGUAUAAAUUAAGAAAAAAAAAUAAAUCAGAAAGCAGUGUGUGAGUUUUGAAACAGCCCUGCAGAAUAAGGACGCAUCCCUCUGCAUCUCCCUCUUUUGGGUUUUUGAAAUUCUUAGGAUUAGAUCAGCCUUUUAGGUGCUGCACUAAUUUCGUGUGGGCUCCUUCAACAUACUGCCUCCAUUCUGUCUCUUUCUGGCUUCACUAACCUACCUAUGCUGCUGUGAAAUACAAAAGGACUUUGAUAUUGAACAUGCAGGGCUUGUGUUUAAAUUAAGGAGAAAUGGACUGAUCUCCAGCCACGUAAAACACAAUGUCCACUUCCUCUUCUCUCCUCCUUAUCAACAAUAAGGAGGAAUUUGAAAAGCCUCAGCCAGCUGAACAUCUCAGGCAAGCUGAAAUGAUGGCUUCCUGGUGUGCUUUGCCCUCGUUGCAAGGAGGCAGAGCCACUUCUGAGCUGAAAACCAUCACAGCAAUAGAUUUAGUUCCUGCUGGAAAAUCUGCUGAGCUACAAUGAUGGAAAAUAUCCAUUGAAGCAGCUUUCACCUCCCUCCUUCAUUGUGGCUUUUACCUGUUGAGAACAGUAAGUGGCAGUUGAGAUUCUCAGCUUCUGGAGAUGAUCUCAUCUUAUUGAGAUAAGAGGAAAACCCCAUGCUGAUGUUCAGGACAAUUCCGGGCCCUCCAUGUGGACUGCUGCAUUACAGCCUGCAGUAAACUUCCCCAGACCUGGUUAGCAUUUGAACGGUUGCGGAUGUUUUAUAUUGGAAAGAAUGGCAUUCAGGGAGGAAGAGCCAGGACUCCUUGUCCCUCUGCCCUGGUACAAGCAGAGCUUCAUUGGAGCUUUGGAGGCAAGAUCGAGUCCAAAGCACUGUGGAGCAUCACCCAGCUCUCUCCUGGCAGUCACCAGCCCCAUUUGAGCAGUUUAGUGGUGAUAUGCUUACCAUGCAGCUGCACCUGCAAACAUACCCACUUACUGGUGGUGGGAAGAGAUUUGGAGAUAUGUAUAUAGGGGUUCUUAAGUACAUCACCCUCCACAGAGACAGUCUCCACUGCGAGUUCUGGCUGUCAUUGUCAAGUCUACUGCUGUUGUCAUUCCUCAGGCCAGCUGGCAGCACACAAGACUCCUGGUGUCCUCAAUAAAAACCAAUCUCUUGCUGAAGGCUGUCAUUCCUUCUCUUCUGCAAUACACAGUGCUGGGCUGUUCACAAUGGACUGUCCUCAGUGAGCCUUGUGGUGCUGGGAAGAGAUGUUCCCCAUGCAGUUGCAUAUGCCUUAGGACCUAGGCUACUUCUUCCCAACAAGGUAGGCUGGAUGUCCCUCUCCUUCCUCUGCUCUAUAACCACAGCUGGGGUUUGAUUUUUUUUUUUUUUUUAAAUAAAAUAUCCAAACAAGUUAUAAUCCCCUCUACAAACACUUGUUCUAUAUACCAUGCUCUUUGUUCCCAUUUCACAGCCUGCAGCCCUCAUCUGCCUCCUCUUACCCAACCAUGGAGGAGGGAUAGUAAUGGGGACAGAAGGGUCAAAGCCUUCCAUAUGACUCACCGUGUGCCUGUAGACAGCCUGGCCAUGCUUCCUAAGAAGGCCACAGCUUGCUUAUAUCAAGCAGUAGGUGCAGCUUUUUGCUUUCACUUCUCAAGCAGCACUACUAGCAAAGAGGAAAAGGCCUCACACAGCAGCUGAGGAUGUGUGGGGCUUUUGCACAGCAGAAGUAAAAGACCAAGGAUUCAGAACCCUUGUGCAAGCCUAGGUUAAGCAAUUAAGCUGAGCCUGAAAAGGAAGUUGAUUGUGGGGACAGUGGGAAUCUUUCAGACUUCAAAUUGCUUUGCUAUAUCCUGUCUCACAGACAAUGCUGGCUGCCACCAAAUUAUAACUUCCCCUUUGCCGUGCAAUCUGAAUUCAAACCCUGAGCUCGUGCUGUUGAGUCCUUCUGAAGCCUGGCAAACUUGGGUGAGAGGGCUCAGCAGAGCCCAGAUUCAUUGCUAACUCUCACUGUUGACUUCCCUUGGGUUGCCUGUACCUUCCUAAUGCAAACUACCCCUCUUGCUCUCCUUAGCAUCGCUGAGUACCUCUGUUGUUCAACUCUGAGGCACAUUAGCUUGCUUACGGAUGCAGUGGUUUUCUUUUUAGCCGUGUUACAUCGGCACUGAGCUGUUGCAGCCUCUAUUCACCUGCUGAUGAAUUAUACAUGGGUGGUACAGCGGCAGUUCCCCAGGCUGCUGAGCUGGGCUCUCACCCUCCUAGCUAUGCUGGGGAAGAAGAGAAAACAUCAGUGUAGAAAUAGGAACUUGCUUGGGUUUGCUUUCUCUUUCCUAUUCACAAGCAGUGCCUGUGAAAGCAGCACCUGCACUAAAACAAGACAGCUCCGGAAGCUGCUGCUGCCCUCCACCGCUCUUCUCUUUCUCCUCUUUAUAUAACCUGCCUGUCACCAUAGAUACCCUGCUGUAAAUAUUUAAAGUGUCAGUCGGUAUGGAAGGAAUUGCUGUGGAAGUUAGCAGAGGCAGAAACUCAAGGUGAUGCUACAGGUCUCUGCUUACCCAGCAAGGG